AUGAAUAUAACCACACUCAUUCUCUUGGCGAUCCAAGCUUUGGCCUCGGCUGCUACUACCACGGUGACCUGCCAGGAUGUCACUACCCAAUACAUUGAAAACCCGUACUUUGAGGACGGCUUGACUGGUUGGUCAGUAGAAUAUUCGGGAGAAUAUGACGUCUAUCAUUCCAGCAGCGGCCCUGACGGUGACUCUGCGUACGUGCUGGCUCUUAACGGGGAUCACCUUAACGACAAUAUCCUUUCGCAAGAAGUGUCCGGUCUUUCCACUGGUUUCACGUACACUUUUAGUAUGUGGUGGCAGUUAUAUGCCGUGGGAACUGGAUCAUGCACCAUGUCCGCCACAUUUGACGAUAUAAAUUUGGGCUCGCAGACCAUCCCCUCAACCAGUGGAACAGCUUGGAAGCAAUUCACUGCCACAUAUAGCGCAAUCGAUGAUGACGGUGACCUUGAAAUCCAGAUUGCUUGCACCUCUGGUAGUUUCUCAGAGGAUUCCGAGGUCAAUUUUGCCAAUAUUAUUCUCACAGGACCGGCGGAGGUAUGCACUACCGCGACGCUGACGCCAACAUCGACGCCAACACCAACACCGACACCGACACCAACAUCAUCGAAGGUCGUUUCUACGAGCAUAUCGGCUAGUUCGGUUGCUUCCUCAUCAUCAUUAGCGAAACUAGCGUCAUCCUCUUCCAUCAUUCCUUUGGCUUCCUCUUCUGCAGUUGCAUCAGUUAGACCAGCCACGACUCCAGCCUCAUCCAUGCCUGCUACUUUCUCAUCUGCAGUCAGACCAGUCUCAAGUCGUUCCGUCGCAAUCGCUAGCUCCUCAUCAUCCCGACGCCGCCGCCCAAUUCGCACCAGAUUGCCCUGUUCAUCAGGCGCAUCUCAUCCAGCGAGCGCGACUUCCAUCCGAGCCUCAUCGGCUACGCCCUUGAGAUCAUCUUCCGUCGCUUCCAGUUCCUCCAUUCCCUCAUCCGUGCUACUGGUGAAGCCUACAUCUGCACCAGUUGAAGAAAGCUCUUCCGUGUCCUCUCCUUCAGUCACAGGGCCGAUACAGCCAUCGCAGCCGCAACCGACUGGGUCAGCUUCCCAGCUCGAGCCCACGACUGCUCCAGGACAGUUCACCACAUCCACCAUUCUCACAACACAAGUGCGCACAAUCACCUCAUGUGCAGCAUCAGUCACCGAUUGCCCGGCCAGAGACCGAUCUACAUUUUUGACUACCGAGACUGUCGUUGUAGGCACCACCAUCUGUCCCGUGACGGCCACAGAAACUGGAGCUGGAGCUGGAGCUGGAGCUGGUGGAAAUGUUGCGACAAUGACGACCCCACCAGCGGAAGCUUCUUCUCUGCCGAUGACAACUUCAACCGUUUUCACUACGCAACUUCGUACGGUGACUGCUUGCCCAGCCUCUGUGACCGACUGUCCUGCUUCCGAAAAGACAACCUAUGUCACAACGGAGACCGUGGAAGCAUACACAACCAUCUGCCCAGUUACAGCCACGGAGACUGGAGCUGAAGCUACCGAAACAACUGCGACUUUGCCGGCUCCAACAGCUGAAACAUCAUCUCUGCCGAUGACAACUUCAACCGUUUUCACUACGCAACUUCGUACGGUGACUGCUUGCCCAGCCUCUGUGACCGACUGUCCUGCUUCCGAAAAGACAACAUAUGUGACGACUGAGACUGUCGAAGCGUACACCACCGUUUGCCCCGUGACUGCUACCGAGACUGGCGCUUCUGCUGUCCAGACAUCGGUCGGAUCUGGAAAUGAGAGCCCUUCAUCUACGCUAUCAACCGUUCAGGUUCACAACGUGACAGCGACUGAUGCCGCUGGCGUACCGACAACCUAUUUGAGCACAGUUACCAUUCCAGUUGGUGCUGCUUCUUCGAGCACCACUGUUAGCACUGUUGUUCCGGCCAUCGCGUUAUCCACCGAUUCUGUCUCUGGUUAUGAUACCAAGCCUUUGCAGUCCGGCCCCUUGGUUGGUGCGGCUUCGUCGAGCACCGGUGUUAACAAUGUUACUCCUGUCGCCGUGUCACCUGCCCAGUCUGUCUAUGCCAGUGGCUAUAUGAGCUCAACGUUCAAGUCCAGCUCUCCAAUUAGCACUGGGACAGCCACAGGCACUGAAGCCGCUGGUGCUGUCUACACAGGAGGCUCCGUUACUUUGAGGGUCGAGAUCAUGUCGGCGUUUGUCGGCUUGAUGAUGGCAUUGAUGCUGUAG